GAAGAUGGUGAACAUUCAGACUGAGCGAGCUCACCAAAAGCAGCCUACCGUCUUUCAAAACAAGAAGAGAGUGCUUCUGGGAGAAACUGGCACGGAGAAGCUCUCCCGUUACUACGAGAACAUCGGUCUAGGCCUCAAGACGCCCAAAGAGGCCAUCGAAGGCACCUACAUAGACAAGAAAUGCCCCUUCACUGGUAAUGUCUCCAUCCGAGGGCGAAUCCUGUCUGGUAUGGUCACCAAGAUGAAGAUGCAGAGGACCAUUGUCAUCCGCCGGGACUAUCUCCAUUACAUCCGCAAGUACAACCGGUUCGAGAAGCGCCACAAGAACAUGUCUGUGCAUCUGUGCCCUUGCUUCAGGGAUGUGCAGAUUGGUGACAUCCUGACAGUGGGUGAGUGCCGGCCUCUGAGCAAGACUGUGUUCAAAGUCACCAAGGCUGCUGGCACCAAGAAGCAGUUCCAGAAGUUCUGAGGCUGAAUGCCGGCUGACUCCCCAAACAAAAA